AGUAGUGACAGUUCUCUUUCUCCACGAAGUGGGAGAGGCUUUUGUUCCCGACUAAAAUUUUAAUGUGAAAAUUAUUACUUUUUCCCUUUUAUUUUCCAUAUGAAAAAUGAACUAAAAAUUCCCAAUCAAAAGAAGAAAUUCUCUUAAAUACUUAAAAAAAAAAAGAAUUCAAAAAAAAGUGUGAAGGAAUUUUUUUUUGUUUUUUAUAAUAAAAAAAUUAAAUAAUAAAUAAAAAUCAAUUGCAAAUCAUGGAGGACGAUCUGCCAACUGAAUACGACGUGAUUGUCGUUGGAACAGGAAUGACUGAGUCCAUUAUUGCCGCAGCUGCCAGUCGAAUUGGCAAAAAAGUCCUCCACCUUGACAGUAACGAAUAUUACGGAGGUUUAUGGGCGACCUUUAAUUUCGACGGUCUUCAAAAAUGGAUAGAGGAUUUGAAAGGCAAUAAAACUGAAAGCAAGGAGAGCGAUCCUAAUGUUGAGGGUGGAGAAAAUUUUUUAAAAGCCAGUAAUCAAUAUUCAACCGUCGAAAAUAUUGAGGAGACUUGGUAUAUUGUCAAUGAUGCGGAUCUUCCGGAACGAUCAUCGAAAGAUACGCAGACCGAGGGUUCAGGCGAUGCUCCAGCGGAUGGCGAUGAGAAAUGUGACGAGGACAAAGCCGAGAAGAAGGAAAUCGUUAAACACUGGAGUACGGAUAGAAUUAAAAAAGAGUAUCGUAGAUUUAACAUCGAUUUGGCACCAAAGUUACUUUACGCUCGUGGGGAACUCGUGGAAUUAUUAAUAUCGAGUAACAUUGCCCGAUAUGCGGAAUUCCGAGCAGUUUCAAGAGUCGCGACAUUCAUGGAGAGUAAACUCGUCCAGGUGCCGUGUUCAAGGGCCGAUGUGUUUGCGAACAAAACCGUGAGCGUCAUCGAGAAACGAAUGUUGAUGCAAUUAUUGACAUCAUGCAUGGAACAAGGAGCCGACAGUCCUGAAUUCGAUGGUUAUCGUGACAAAACGUUCAUAGAGUACCUUAAUACGAAAAAUUUAACGCCAAUUGUCAAGCACUAUGUAAUGCAGGCAAUUGCGAUGGCGACUGAUAAGACAUCGUGCAGAGAUGGUGUUAAUCGUACGAAACAUUUUCUCAAUAGUCUCGGAAGAUACGGAAAUACUCCAUUCUUAUGGCCAAUGUAUGGAAGCGGAGAACUACCACAGUGCUUCUGCAGACUGUGCGCAGUUUUCGGCGGCGUUUACUGUCUAAAAAGACAAUUGGACGGCCUCGUUGUCAAUGAGGAUAAAUGCAAAGCAAUAGUCACCGGAAAACAACGACUGGCACUCGAGCACUUGGUCGUUGGACAGGGGCAUUUACCACCGGAAAUUGUGGCCUCAUGUGGUGAACAACAAAUUUCACGGGGAAUUUUCAUCACUGACAAAUCAAUAAUGCAAGGCGAUAAGGAAAAUUUAACAUUACUUUAUUAUCCACCGGAGGAAACGGGACAAGAAGCGGUGACAUUAAUUGAAUUAGGACCAUCGACAAAUGCCUGCCCUCAAGGACUUUUCAUGCUGCACAUGACUUGCAAGCGAACGAAGACGGCAAAGGAGGACCUCGAAUAUGUUGUCAAGAAGUUCCUCAAUGUCGGAGCCGUUGAACCUUAUGUUAGCCGCAGUCCCACGGAUUCGCACACGCAAACCGUUUCUCCCGAUAAGCAACAUCUUCCGGAGGGAGAAAAAGAAGCGAAAGACAUUGAGGAUUUAAAACCACAUACAUUGUGGUCACUUUAUUUAAAUUUACCAGCUUCGGAUAUAAAAUUAAGUAAUUCUGCUCCGAGUAAUGUUCAUUUUUGCUCGGGACCCGAUUUGGAUUUGGAUUUCGAUUUUGCAGUGAAUCAAGCAAAGGAAAUUUUUAUGGCAAUGUACCCGAGCGAAGAUUUUCUCCCGCGUGCUCCCGAUCCAGAGGAAAUUGUCCUCGAGGGCGAUGAGACGCCGGGUCCAAAAUUCGAAGGCGACGAAAAGCAAGACGUCGAAAAAGCGGAAAAAGAGGAAUAAAAGACAGCGCAAUUUUAUUAAGGCUUUUUAAAAUUUUUGAAAUAAGAAAUAACGAAAAAAAAGAAAAACGUACCUUUCUCGUGCUGAGAAAGUCACGAAAAUGCUCGAAACUUUUUCUUUUCAAGCUUCACUUCAAAACGUUCCGAAUUUUAGAAGCUUUUCGACUUACUCGAUAGUUCAACGAUACGUCUCAUAUUCUUAAUCUUAAACUACUAGAUGUACUAUUAUUAAUAUUAUUACUACUGUCAUUUUUAUUAUUAUUAUUAUUAUAUUAUUAUUUUUUUUUAUUAUUAUUAUUAUUAUUAUAUUUUUAUUAUCAUUAUUUUCAUUAUCUUCUCUAU